GAGGCAGCACUCCCUUUUCUGUCUCUCUCUGUCCACUGCCGCUUUUGCUACGCUGCGAACACACACCAACAUCUUUUCCUCUUCAUCCGUUCCUUUCUCCAAAUCCCACUUGCCACACCAUCAUUCCCAUAUCCGACCCUUUCUCAUCACUGCUUAUUUCCUUCAAGUCAAACUCACCUUGAACCCCGGCUGGCCCUGCACCACUCCCGCAUGCAACGCACUCGGUACCUUCGCCCGCCCGACUCGCACCGCCCUGUCUCUGCCAGUAGCCAGGAUCAGGUCUCUUGUCUCUCGCACCUCGUCUCGUUCGACAUCUUUCCGCAUCCACCCACCCAAUCAUCCGAAUUGGUGUACAGUACACCCCCUCGUCGCCCGUUGCUAUCUCCCACCCUCUCUGUUUCGAGUCUUUCCUUGCCCUUCCAAGAAAGGUACCUAGCUUUUGUUAGACGCUUGCUGUGCUGCUGCACUCCGACCUCCCAGUCUCGCUUUAUCUUUAAACAGCUGUUCCCUGCUCGCCGGCUAUCUUUUCUUUUAUUCUCACCUCGCUCGGCGAAACGAUUGCAAAGUCCCUUAAUAGCACCCUCCGCCAUCCAUCCUCUUUGUAUACACUUGUUGCCCCCUUCCUCUUCUGAUACCCUUUUCCUACCCUAUCAUACAUCUCACACAUCAACCGUUUGUUGCGUUGUCUCGUUGACGGAGAUACCAGCCUUCCCCCCUUCUCCGCUUCCCGCAAACCUUUACCCUCCAAGCGUCAAACAUCGCAUCAACCACCAGUUUCCAAUUGACCUCGACGACCCGCCUGUUCAUAAACGUUACAUGGCCCAAUAAUCUGUAUUCUCGACCUUAACGGCCCUUGUAGGCCCGAGCAGGCCGGGGCUUUUCCUCCACGACGACCACGACCGCGACGAGACGAAGGAAUAGGCUGGGCUUGGACCCCCGAUUACCGCACGUCAAAUCUGUCGACCAUGGAUACCGCCGCGAACCGGCGGUCAAUGCUGCCCACUAUUCAGACGACACAUCAUGGGGACACGCUCAGUACGAGUAAAAGCCCGGCAGACCUACGGAGCGUCUCGACACCGACUUUGGGGGGUAAGAGGCGGAGCUUCUUGACAAAGACCUUCAGGAAGGUCAGCAGCAGCUCCUCGUCCACCGAUCUUGCGUCCAUGUCCGAGGAUGCAUCUGGUGGCCUCCACAUGAAGUCGAAACGAGUCCUCCACAAGAACAACGGUUCUGGUGGCUCGACAUCAUCCUCCAUUUUGAACCGUCUCAACCGCCGUGCCUCCAAGGACUCUUCCACCAGCUCCCACCUAUCGGAGGAGACGCCAAACUAUCUCAGCCCUCAACCGCCGCCGAAUCCUGUCAGGAUUCUCAAGCAUGGACCGCUGAAGACCGACAGCCGCUUGUGGAAGUCCCGCGCCGAGUAUGUCGUUUUGACUGACGGACAUCUGAUCAAAUUCAGCAGCGUCGAAGCAGCAAGAUCAAACUUUGCCGAACUGGCACCUCCAUCAGCACGCUUAAAAAGGUCAUCAACAUCGUCCUCUUUGAGUCAGGAUGGUUCGCAUUCAGAUGGCCGGGUCGAGAUCCCCCUGUGCAGAAUCGUCAACAUCUUCAACGAAGAGGGCGUGAGUCCUCAUUUUGGGCUGGAUGUAUGGUGGUCCGAGACUUCUCCAGUGGUGUCAUGGGCUUGCACAAAACUAUUCUUCGGUGUGCCCACAGAGCGAGACGAUUGGAUGUCCGAGAUUCGCCGUGCUACCCGUGAGUCUGUGGGCUCGUCCACCGUGCCAAAGGGUCUCAUUGCCUCAAAUGUUGAGUCCGCCAUCUACGCCAUUGUCGCAAAAGAAGAGCCAUCGUGCCUCGGGUGCCCGCUGGACAUCUUCCCGGUUGUCCAGCGCACCACCCUCUUGAGUUCCAAGGCAGAGAACCUCGAAACUGCUAAAAAAUCUCGUGAUGGGUCAUCGUAUUACCUGCUCCUCGGCCAGAACAAGUGCUAUCUUGUUCGGGUGGCGAGGACUUCGGUCUACAAGGCACCCCAGGAUAUCGACAUCAACGCUGUAGUCUUCGGGUUAACAUCGCUAGUCCGCUUGAAGGCUACCAUGGUCCCGCACGAGGAGCGGUUUGUUCUUGGAUUUCGUUUACCCUGCGAAAACGAAAAGCGCCUCGAGCUCGCUAGCCGUUGGUACAGAGAGAUCGUUAUGACCUUUAUGAAGGCAGACCGUGCGGUGAAGCCGGCGUGGCCCCAGCACAUGCAACGCGACAUUUUUGACAUCCGAGGCCUUACUGCUCAGCUUCUGCUUCCAUCAGGCCAGGACUACGGCGGACUUAAGCGAACUCUCGAAGCAUACUGCGGGACCUUCCAAUGCAAGGCUCCCGAAUGGACGGUGAAUUGGAAAUGCGAGCGCAGAGAACACUGCCCAGAGUUCCGCCUUCUUCCCGCCAAGGAACCUGAAGGAUACUCGGCCCUUCAACUUCUGGCCGUUUUCAAGGCCCUCCGGUUCAACGACUACUUCAAGGCACUGUCUUUCCGCGACGUUGACUUUUCGCCCCUGUGCGGCUUGACUGAUGUUCCAGGUUGGGAUGAGUCUGUAGCAGAUGUUAACCGGGAUGGUCUCGUAAUUGAUGGUGGCCACCGCGAUAUCCUCAAAGCUGCGCCAUUGCUCUCUCAAGAGAUUCACGCUGUUGCCUUCACCUCCGGGUCGGUCAGGAAAAUCGACUUGACCAACGUCCUGGCGUUGCGGAAUAUCGUCGGCGUUUCGCGUGCUCGAGCUGGUUCCAAGAAGGAGCCCGAGGUUGUUCGGCCGAUUCUCUUGCUCCUCAGAACUGGCAGCAUUCCUUGUGAUACCCUGCUGGUCGGCGGAAACCCGCUGACCGCAGCAGAGGUUGGUGAUCUGGUCGACGUUUUGCACAUUCCUGAUCUUCUAAGGGAACUGGAUAUAUCCAGGUGCAAUCUUGAUGAAAGAAGCUUGGAGGAAAUCUGGGACGCCUUGCCAUCUCAGGGAUACAAGAUGGAAGCACUCAACACCUCGCGCAACAUCGGCCACGUCGACCACAUGGUUGUCAAGAACAACCUGUCCCACUUUGCUUGCCUUCGAAAGCUCGGUAUCGCCGGCAAUUGCCUUAGCCAGUUCAUGAACCCCAUCUUUUUUGAUGAAACCAUCAUGAGGUGGGGUUUGGAAGAGCUGGAUCUUUCAAACAUCAACCUGAACGAUGCCACGCUGCAAGUUCUUGGCAAUUAUCUGCAGUGUCCCGAGGCCAACUACCUGCGCAGGCUGGAUCUCAACAACUGCGGGAUGACGGGCAGCCAGAUCGCUGAGUUAUUCCGCAGUAUGGGCCAAGGGAGGGUGAUGACGUGCUCCAUCAGCGGCAACUAUCUCGAGACUGGUACAGAAUCACUGUCAACUGCCAUCGCCUACAACUUCGGGCCAACAUCACUGUUUAUGGAUAUGAUUGAAUUCCAGAACGAGGAGAACUACAUCAAGAUCAUCAAGGCAUUGUCCCUUAACCGGACCAUCCGACUGCUCAGUCUGGUCGGGACGUCGACUCCUGGGCAGGUCAGCGAAGUCGCUUGCAUGGCCGUGUCUGACUUCUUCGCCACGAAUCAAUCCGUUCAGUACCUGGACUUCUCUGGCUUCUCUGCCAAACUCGAUGAGGGACAGCUAGGUCUAGGCUUCUCGCGCUCUCUUUCCGGACUCGCCGAAAACACAGCGCUGCGCCAUCUACGAAUUCGCAACCAAAAGCUGAACCUGAAUAUUGGUGACCUGGCACACGCCAUUCAUCUCAACCAGACUCUUACAACUUUGGAUGUGCAGGAAAACAACUUCAACCUGUCGAACUUGUCGCACAUGGUUCGAUCUCUCGACCAGAACAGCUCCAUCCAGGAAUUCUGCCCCUUUUCCCGCGCCGAGCUCAAUACAGCCAUCAAAUCUAGUGUCCAGAACGUGGGUAUGCCCACUAGCCAACCGUCCUCUGCUCGAGCUCGCCGCGCAUCCAAGGUUCUUUCAAAAGCCACGUUCGAGAGUUUCGCAAUGGAAAUGGACAAAAACAGUGCUCUCAUGCAAAACCUCAAGGACGAGUGGAGUGUCAAAACAGCUCAAAUUGAUCACAUUCUCGAGAGAAAUCGGACAUUGUCCCUCGAGAAAGAAAUGGCUCGCAUGCAGUGGGACCCCCAGGACGAAGGCCAGGAGGAUUGGAUCACUCUCGAGCUCGGCAACGUCUUCGGCGGGCUCGCUGUCAAGGCCAUGAAGACUCGGCGUAAAGUCAUGCAGCCGGGCUACCGUGGAAGCGUGUACUUCGGUGCCAACACUCCUCCUUUGGAGCCCAUGGAAGAGUUCGGUGCUCAGGCGGCUCCGCACCAUGUCACCCGAGAGGAAGUCAUGGAAAGCCCUGCAACGGAGGGCGCCAGUGCCUCCCCCGGGCUUCCGACGCCUCCCGAGUGGGCACCGGCCGAGAGCCCCGUGAAUGGGUACGCCAUUGCCUCAAGCGCCCCUCAGUCUCGCGAUGCUCCUCGCAUCGUGGACGACAACGCCGAUGAAUUUGAUUUUUCUCUUCUGAAACACAUGAUCCAACACGGAUUCAACCUCGACGAUCCGACGCAGGCACAGUCCAGUGACGUCGGCAGGAAAGCCGGGGCCUCAGUGUCGACCACGAGACUUCAGUAACUCAGUCACCAGGAAGGAAUGAACACAUGACACCACAAAACCACACAAAGAAACAUAAAAAGAACCAAAAACAAAAACAAAAACAAAAAAAGGACCGAAAGAUCAUCCAGCGAAGAAUGAAAGAAAAGAGAAAUGAAAGCAGAAAAAAAAACAUAUCGAACAAGACCAAAUACGUCUCCGACAUCCUGACUUUCUCACACCCCCAACAUAGAUAUCAGCGACGUCAACAUAUUUUUGCUUUUUGUAGUGUUUAAUCAGGCGUUCUCAAAAAAUGGGGGUUUAACGUGUGUUGAAGAUACCGCGCGGGAUUGAUACCCAUACUCGCAGGAAAGCAUUGUUAGUACCGGUCGGAUUUUGUGUGGAUUUGCAUCAUAUCAUUUGUUUGGCGUUUUGAGGUCUCACUGGUUUAGCAUCCUUCUGGAUUUUGAUGUAGAAAUACUGACUGAGCAAUUCGGUUUGGAGGUUUUUUGUUGGGGAGGGGGUUUAUUUGAGAUAAGCCAAGAUUUCUCGCCUAUAAUACAGAAGUUGUGAGAAUACUACAAACAUAUUUCUACACGUAUCCUGUGGGAAAACGUCUUUGGCGGUGGCCACAGAGUGAGAAAGCCCCAGCUUCUGGGUAAUGAUUCCUUCUACAGCUGUUAGUGCCUCGCAUUUUCUCGGCCGUCCUCUUUUAGCCGCCCUUAAUAGACUAUGACGUUUUGGCUUCUUUGAUCGAACU